UUCAAAAGAGAAGCACAAGACUUAGUAUUCAAGGCUUUCACGUCCACAAAACAGCACGGAGAUUAAGCCCUCUUUAUCUCCAUGACGGGGUACUCAGAGUUUUACUUCAAUGUGGACCAUGGCUACCUGGAGGGGCUGGUCCGAGGUUUUAAAGCUGGGAUCUUGACGAAUGCAGACUACAUCAACCUAGUGCAAUGUGAAACAUUGGAAGACUUGAAGUUACAUCUACAGACCACAGACUAUGGCAACUUCUUGGCCAAUGAAACUGGCCCUCUCACUGUUUCCACCAUUGAUGACAAACUGAAAGCCAAAUUACUCACAGAAUUUCAAUACUUUAGAAACCAUGCCUUUGAGCCACUUGCCACGUUUCUGAACUUUAUCACGUACAGCUAUAUGAUUGACAACGUGAUUCUGUUGAUAACUGGUACACUGCAUCAGCGACCCAUAGCUGAACUUGUUCCUAAGUGCCACCCUUUGGGCAGUUUUGAGCAAAUGGAAGCCGUCAGCAUUGCCCCAAACCCUGCAGAGCUAUUCAAUGCAAUUUUGGUUGACACACCAUUAGCUCCUUUCUUUCAAGACUGCUUAUCUGAAAAUGACUUGGAUGAAAUGAACAUUGAAAUAAUGCGAAACAAACUGUACAAGUCUUAUCUCGAGGCUUUUUAUAAGUUCUGUGAAAAACAAGGAGGCACCACAGCAGAAAUAAUGUGCCCUGUUCUUGAGUUUGAAGCAGACAGACGUGCUUUUAUCAUCACUAUUAAUUCAUUUGGCACGGAGCUGAGUAAAGAUGACAGAGAGAAACUAUAUCCAACUUGUGGAAAACUUUAUCCAGAAGGCUUACAUCUGCUGGCCAACGCAGAGGACUACGAGCAAGUGAAGUGUGUGGCAGAUUACUAUGCAGAAUACAAGGCUAUGUUUGAAGGGGUAGGAAGUGGUACUGGAGAAAAGACACUGGAAGAUGCAUUUUUUGAACAUGAGGUAAAAAUGAAUGUGCUUGCCUUCAAUAAUCAGUUCCAUUUUGGAGUGUUCUACGCUUAUGUCAAGCUGAAGGAACAAGAAAGCAGAAAUAUUGUCUGGAUUGCCGAGUGCAUUUCCCAGAGACAUAGAACCAAAAUUAACAACUACAUUCCUAUUUUCUAAUUCAGAGAAUUUAUAGUUCUAGAGUGCACAAACAGAAAUAAUUUGUGAAUAUUAAAGAAUUUUUUUAAGAAGUUUCUCAGAUUUUACAAAAUGUAUUAAUGGUCACCUUUAUACAUAGAACAAUGGAAGCAAAACAAAAACUAAGAUCAUAGAUACAAGUAUUUUCCUCCUUUCUCUGAUAAUAAUUGACUGAAUCUUAUUUUUAGCUGUCCCCCCCCCCCAUGUGCUCGUUUUAA